AUGUCACAAUCAAACAUAUCGUCGUUGAACAUCAUCGCUCAACAAGUGACUAUCUAUGCCGGCAUUCCGAUUCUUAGUAUCGGUGUUCUCGGCAAUUUAAUCAACAUCAUCGUUUUUCUUAGUCUUCAAACAUUUCGACAAAGUUCUUGUGCUGUCUAUUUAAUCGUUAUGUCGAUUGUUAAUAAUGGCCAACUAGUUACCGGCUUACUUACACGUAUCAUGAUUAGCGGAUUUGGCAUUGAUUGGACGGAAACGUCGCUGUUUUACUGUAAAUUUCGACAAUUUUGUAUACAAACAUGUGUAUCGAUCUCCAUGACGUGUAUGUGUCUAGCAACGAUCGAUCAAUUUCUUGCCACUUGCUAUUCUCGUCAAUGGCAACAAUGGAGCAAUAUUCAAGUUGCACAUAGAUUAACUUUUCUAUCGGUGAUCAUCUGGCUGUUGCAUGGCAUUCCAUACUGGUUUUAUUACAAUCAAGUGCAAUCUAUCUGCAUGAUUACCAAUCGUAUCUUUCAAAUCUACGCGAUUGCAAUUCACAUCGUAUCUUGGAAUUCUUUGAUUCCAACGAUAAUUUGUAUCAUAUUUGGUUUAUUAGCAUACCGAAAUAUCCAAGAUAUAUCCUAUCGAACAAUUCCACUUGUUCGACGAGAAUUAGAUAAGCAACUGACAAGCAUAGUUCUCAUUCAAGUUAUCUUCAAUUUUGUCACGACCGUGCCAUACGUGACAGUUUAUAUUUUUAUUUUGUAUGACAAUCUGGCUGGAAGUGACGCCAUCAACUUCGACAAAGUUAAAUUUGCCAACACAAUGACAAUCUAUUUGUUCUAUUUGAGCUUUGCCAGUCCCUUUUACAUGUACAUGUGCGUAUCGGGCCGCUUUCGUCAACAGUUUGUUCAUGUUUUCUUCCAGGUUCGUGUGAACAAAUGGCGACGAAGAAUAACAAACACUGUUUAUCCGAAUGCAGAGCAAAGAUAG